UUAUUACUAUAAAUCGGUUACCCUCACGUGGCGACGCUUUCACCCACAACUCUCCCCCUCUUCCUCUUCGCCUGCUUUGGAUCUAUCGAUUUGAGAGAGGUCGGAGGAGAUGGCCGGCGACGCGAAGGUUUACACCCUUGCUGAGGUAUCCACGCACAACUCCUCCAAGGAUUGCUGGCUCAUCAUUGGCGGAAAGGUUUAUGAUGUUACUAAGUUCUUAGAAGAUCACCCUGGAGGGGAUGAGGUUUUGCUCUCAUCCACUGGGAAAGAUGCAACUGAUGAUUUUGAAGAUGUUGGCCAUAGCACCACCGCAAGGGCGAUGAUGGACGAGUAUUAUGUUGGUGAAAUUGAUGGCACAACAAUCCCUAAGAAAGUAGCAUACACUCCUCCCAAACAGCCCCACUAUAACCAGGACAAGACAUCUGAGUUCGUUGUCAAGAUCCUCCAGUUUUUGGUUCCUCUCCUGAUCUUGGGUUUUGCUGUGGGCGUCAGAUUCUACACAAAAUCGGCUUAAAAUCUUGUCACCAACGUGAGAGAUUUAGUGGAGUAGAAAUAAGAUUUCUGGCUGAUCUCCAAUGCCGUUACAAAUUCAGAUACUAUGGCGUGGCUAUCGAGUGCUUGUGUUUGUGAACUCCUCUGUUUGCUUAUUAUUAUACACUGAACUUUGUAUUUUCUUCCUUUUCAUUUGCUUUAUAUAUAUACAUAUAUAGAAAAGUUUCUAUUUGAUUCA